GGUAUGAGAUAUAUACACUCAAGUCCAAUUAAAAAGCAUGGUUGGCUUAAAUCAACCAAUUGUUGUGUUGAUGGUCGAUGGGUUGUAAAAAUAACCGAUUAUGGAUUACCGGAAAUAUUCAGUAUAUAUGGUACUGCUAGAAAACUGAAAGAUGAAGGUAUGACUGUGAAGUUUACUAGAAUUCUUUUUAUAUUUCUUUCUAAUUGA